CUGCCAGGCCUGCUUCCAUCCAAAAUGCAGCCCUCCAGCUGAGCGCUGACCCGAUUGCCCCGCCCAGAAGGUAUCCAAGAGCUACGCCCGUGGGCAUAGUCAGAUAAAACAGGCCCAGCCAGAGUGAGCGUGAUGCAUCUGGCGCGUGGUCGUCGACGAGGGGCGGGCCCAGGGCAAUGAGCGAGGCAGAACCUGCUCCAACCAAGCACCUGAAAACAAGCACCAUGGCAAAGAAGUAGCUGAACCCGCACAGGAGCGCAGCACCGCCAAACAGCGCCGUGCCCCAGCCCAGGAGGCGCAGCGCCGUGUGCCGCUUGCUGAGCACUGCGAAAAUGGGUGCGCCCAGCAUGACGCCCACGAAGUACAGGGCUGCCACGAGACCGUCCUCAAACAGCGACAGAUCAAAGGUGGUGGACAGGCCCUCCGUGCCGUCAUCUGUGGCCGACCCGUUGACUCCAUUCGACGCCACGACCCCUCUGUCCAGAAAGAACAGCAGGUUGAGGGCGCACAGGAAGGCCAACAGGCGGCGGGGCGAUGCCCAGCGCUCCAGGGCUGGGUGGGUCAGGCAGCCAACGCCGCAGUCCCGGCGACGCAUCCUGCUGCGGUCACUGCUGCCGCCGGCCAACAGUAGUGCGGAGUCUCGCCCGUUAGGCGCCCUUAUCCUGUUGAAUCCUUAUGCAUCCCUAUGCUGCCAAAGACUUGCUUUGUUUCACCAGCAAGAGCGGGGCGAUCGCUUGUCGGCAACAGCAACGUUGGCUUCUGGCCUCUGUGUGCAGAUCACAUCACAUCACAACCAGCGAAAUGAUGAGCGAGCGCGCCACAUGAGGCUCGGCAACGCUGACCAGCCUGGAGGAGGCUGUCGGAGCCUGCAGCACACCAUAAUCACAGGCCAGCAGCGCGAAAGGCAGCAGCGCCACGGAACGUCUGAACCGGCGGCGCCUGGUGGCGGCGCCUGGCGGGGCCCGCCACUAUGAAGCCUGCGCUCCUGCUGGCGCUCUUCUGCGGCGCCACUUUGUUGCUGUUUGCGGACAGAGGCGUCGUCAGUUGUAAUAGCGUCAAUGGGCGGCCAGCCAUGGACGGCCACCCCGGCUUUGGCAUUCAGGGCGAGUUCGACCUGUCGCUGACAGCAGACGGCCUGCUGGCUGCGAUGCUCAUGACCGGGCUCAUGCUGAGCGCGCCUGCUUGCUCGCAGCUGAGCCGCCGCUUCCCUGCGCUCAAGCUCAUGGGCACGGGCCUCAGCCUGUGGGUGUUUGGCGCUGCCGGCUGCGCUGCCGCCCCCAACUUCCCUUUCCUGCUGUUCUGCCGUUUCCUGGUGGGCGCUGCAUGCGGCCCCUUCAUUGCACUGGCCGCUCCUCUGAUAGAUGACCAGGCGCCGCCGGAUCGCAAGUCCCUCUGGCUGUCCUCCUUCUUUCUGUGCAUUCCUACAGGAUUUGCCGUUGGCUACCUAUAUGGCGGGCUGGUGGGCACCGCCCUGGGCUGGCGUGCUGCGUUUGGCAUAGAGGCCGCAGCCAUGCUGCCCUUUGCCGGGGCGCUCCUGCUGGCAUCGCCGGUGGAGCUCCGCGCCAGCAGCAAGGCAGCAGCGCCAGCGGUGGCGCCAGGCAGCGGCCCAGCCGGCGCCGGCAAGGCGCUGGCGGCGUUUCUGGCCGACUGCCGCGAGCUGGCUGCAAGCCGCGUGUGCAUUUCCACGAUGCUGGCUCUGGCAGCUUAUAAUGGCAGCCUGGGCUGCUACGCCUUUUUUGGCCCAAAGGCCGCCCGCGCAAUUUUCGACCUGCCAUCCGAGACGGCCGACCUCCUGUUUGGUGGCAUCACGGUUUUGACAGGCGUGCUGGGCACGCUGUGUGGCGGCCUGGCCCUGGACUCCAUGGGAGCCUCAGUCCGCAACGCGCUGCUACUGUGCACAGGCGGCGUGGGCUGCGGCUGCGUGCUGGUCAUGGCAGGGUUUGGUGCAGCCAAGACCAUGCCGUGGUUUGGCCCAGUUUUUGCGGGCGGCGAGCUUGCCAUGUUCCUCAUGGCAGCGCCGGUGAAUGCCGUGCUGAUGUGGAGCGUGCCGCGUCCCGAGCUGCGCCCAUUUGCGCUGUCGGCCGCGGAGUUUGUCCAGCAUGCCUUAGGCGACAUUCCGUCACCACCUGCACUGGGCUGGCUGCAGAGCAAGCUCAACAACUGGCGGUUGAGCAUGUGCAUCUGCACCUGCCUGCUGGUGGUGUCUACUGUUCUUUUUGCACUGGCUCUCUGCCAGUCUGGCAGGGAAGCCAGGUUUCGAGAGGUGCUGGAAGUGGAGGGAGGCGGGCUGGUGGAUGGCGAGGAAGGGGAGGAAGCGGAGCAGCGGCAUGCUGCUGGUCGGACAGCAGGAGGGGCAGGCGAAGCAGCAGAUGGCAGCCCUGAGGCCGCCGACCUGGAGCAGCCCCUGCUGAAUGCAGCAUGAUACCUUUCGCAGUCUUUUGUCCAUUUUUGUUUCAGAGCUACAGCCCUUUGGCACCGCUACCUGUUUGCAUGUACUCUGCUCAUGGUACUGCACUUCAGUAUACUCUGGUAGAUAUCUUCUGUUGUUUGUACAUUUCACCUGGCCUCUAUGCAUUGUAAUCCCUGUCUGUU